GGGGGCGUGGCCGCAGCAGAAACAGCAUCUGUAGCAAACGAUGAAGGUUGAGUCUCAAUCAUCGGGUUUUAUCGCAGAAUAAGGAGAAAGAGGAGCCGCCGACAUUAUGUAUGGAUUUGUGAAUCACGCCUUGGAGCUGCUCGUUCUGAGGAAUUAUGGACCGGAAGUGUGGGAGGACAUCAAGCGGGAGGCCCAGCUCGACAUCGAGGGCCAGUUCCUCGUCAGAAUCAUAUAUGAAGACGGCAAAACUUACGACCUUGUUGCGGCUGCAAGUAAAGUUCUGAAGAUCGACGCAGGAGACAUCUUGCAGAUGUUUGGGAAGAUGUUCUUUGAAUUCUGCCAAGAGUCCGGAUACGACACCAUCUUGCGAGUGUUGGGAUCAAAUGUUCGUGAAUUCCUGCAGAAUUUGGACGCUCUGCAUGACCACCUGGGCACCAUCUAUCCCGGCAUGAGGGCUCCCUCGUUUCGCUGCACCGACGCCGAGAAGGGAACCAAUCUGAUCCUUCACUACUACUCGGAGAGGGAGGGCCUGCAAGACAUCGUCAUUGGCAUCAUUAAAACCGUCGCUCAACAAAUCCACGGAACGGAGAUCGAGAUGAAGAUGAUCCAACCGAAGAGCGAGGAGUGCGACCACAUCAAGUUCCUCAUCGAGGAGAAGGAUUCGGAGGAGGAGGCGUUCUAUGAGGAUCUGGACGGCUUCGAGGAGAACGGCACGCAGGAGACUUGGAUCAGUCCGUACACGUUCUGCAAGGCCUUCCCCUUCCACCUCAUGUUCGACAAGGACCUGAUGCUCACCCAGUGUGGGAACGCCAUCUAUCGAGUGCUGCCACAGCUUCACCCGGGCUCGUGUAUCCUUCCAUCCGUCUUCUCUUUGGUCCGUCCUCACAUUGACUUCAGCUAUCACGGCAUCCUGUCUCACAUCAACACCGUCUUCGUCCUGCGAAGCAAGGAGGGCGUGCUGAACGUGGAGACGGUGGAGAACGAGGACGAGCUGACGGGUGUGGAGAUCAGCUGUCUGAGAUUGAAAGGACAGAUGAUUUACUUGCCAGAGGCGGAGAACAUCCUUUUUCUCUGCUCACCCAGUGUCAUGAACCUGGACGAUCUCACGCGGAGGGGGCUGUACCUGAGCGACAUCCCGCUGCAUGAUGCCACACGUGACCUGGUGCUGCUGGGCGAGCAGUUUCGUGAGGAGUACAAACUGACCCAGGAGCUGGAGAUCUUGACGGAUCGUCUGCAGCACACACUCCGGGCCCUGGAGGACGAGAAGAAGAAGACGGACAGAUUGCUCUAUUCCGUUCUGCCGCCAUCUGUUGCCAACGAGCUGCGGCACAAGCGGCCCGUCCCGGCCAAACGCUACGACAACCUGACCGUCCUCUUCAGUGGCAUCGUGGGAUUCAACGCCUUCUGCAGCAAACACGCUUCGGCCGAGGGCGCCAUCAAGAUCGUCAACCUGCUCAACGACGUCUACACGCGUUUUGACAUCCUGACAGACUCUCGCAAGAACCCUUAUGUGUACAAGGUGGAGACGGUGGGUGAUAAGUACAUGACAGUGAGUGGCCUGCCGGAGCCGUGCACGCACCACGCCAAGUCCAUCUGCCACCUGGCUCUCGAUAUGAUGGAGAUCGCUGGACAGGUCAAAGUGGAUGAUAAACCAGUGCAGAUCACGAUCGGUAUCCACACAGGGGAAGUGGUGACUGGGGUGAUCGGGCAGAGGAUGCCCAGAUAUUGUCUUUUCGGAAACACGGUCAACCUCACCAGUCGUACUGAGACGACUGGUGAAAAGGGGAAAAUAAAUAUAUCUGAAUACACCUAUCGGUGUUUGCAGUCUGCUGAGAACGCCGACCCUCAGUUUCACUUGGAGUAUCGAGGACCCAUCACCAUGAAAGGAAAGAAGGACCCGAUGAAGGUCUAUUUCCUGUCCAGGACGUCCACAGACUCAGAGUCGGCCACAGAAGAAGCUUGAGCGUCCAAAGCUGAAACGAGUCUGAUGAAGACUUCAGUCUGGCUGGGGUUUGAGAACGAGACGGAUUAGAAGAGGGAUUAUUUAUCCACAGACAGAUAUUUGUAGGAUUAUGAACCACAGUUUGUUUUUGAUCAAAGUGAACCUGUUCCCUGUUUUCUCCCUGACUAGUAACAUCACUUCACAAUAUUUUUUGGGGGGUUAACACAGCAUUGCAGUGUUUCAUGAUCAGUUAAAGGCAGACAUACAAUGUUUGAUUCACUCUUGGACAGAAAUAAGUCAGAAGGUUUGGAUAAGAAAACUAUUUUCCAUCUCUUACAUGUUUUUAGUUACUAAUUUUAUACACUGUCCUUCUGAAGUUUGCCAAAUAUAUUGAGAAUCUAUUCAGCUUGCCAAAAUGACUCAUUUCACCUCAGAUAAAUGAAAUACUGUAUUUUUCACCGUUGGAAAAACAAUAAUUGCAUCUGUAUAAAGAGUGUAAUUCAGAUAACAAUACUAGUAAUACACUCUUUCUUUGUAGUAAAAAUUAAAAUCAAGACAUUUGUGCCAAACAUUACUGUCUAUUUGAGAUAUGAGAUUUUACACUGAAUAUAUUUCACAGGCGUCAAGACCAUUUAAAGAAAUCAGAAUUUAUAAAUGUAGUAUUUAUAUGGAUUUAAUGUUCUUCUUUAAAGAUGUAUAACAUGUUGCGUUAUUUUUUUAAGUCACAAACGAUGCAGUGUUGAGCCAUCACUAAACCUGUGUUAUCAUAUAUAUCAAUCACUGAAUCCUAGAAUAUUGUCCCAUAAAUAUAAAUGUGAGUAACCACGACUUUAUUUAACAUAUUUAUUGCACCUUUCUACUCAUCACACAGUCAACAUGUCUGGUUUUAUGAAAUAAUAAUGAGUUAUUAUUUUCAACUGAGCUCUGUUACUUCUACUUAUUUAUUGUUAGUGUCACUUUUGUAUUUAUUCUUUGACUCUUUAGUUGAAAUGUAAUGAUCACCCGUAGUGAAACAAAUGUAGUACAUUUUACUAUGGAGGAAACUACUGUAGAAGUAAAACUGUGUGCUUUAAGUGUUUGGUUUAUUUCACGUGUGUACAUGUGCUGUAUUUUUUCACCACGUUUUUUUCUUUUUUUUUGUACUACACGUCACAUAGUGUCCUCUCCAAGAAGAAGAAACAAACCGGUGCCUCAUGCGCUGUACGAGUGCAGCUCUGUGGUUCUCAGACAGGAUUGUUUUAAUAGUGUCUCUGUGGGGAGGUGAACUAAUAAAAACAGUCGAAAGACA